GUUUGCAUCAGCGCUGCCAUCACCGCGUGUGAGAAAUCCGCGCAGUGGACAUCAGCCGCUGAGCUGCUGGCAGCGUUGCGCAUGUUGCGCAGCGCGGCUCCCAACAGCACCAGCUGCAAUGCUGUGCUCAGUGCCUGCGAGAAGGGGUUCCAGUGGCUUCAGGCAGUAAACAUCUUCCGCCAGAUUCACAGCAGCCUGCGUUGCAGCGAGACCACACUGAAUGCAAUGGCCAGUGCCUGCGAGAAGUGUUCCCAGUGGCAGAUGGCACUUCGCAACCUCCCGAUGGAUGGCAGUGGGCAAGAGAAGCACUUGAUGGGCUUCAAUGCGGCCAUGUGCGCUUGCCAUAAAGGCGGCUGUUCCUGGAGAAGUGUUUUGCAGCUCUUCGCUUCCGGACCUGCGCCUUCCAACGUCUCCUACGACGCCACGCUGCUGGCGACGGCGGCCGCGGGCGCUGGUGCCGGCGCCUGGCGCCACGGGCUGCAGCUGCUGUGGCAAAUGCAGCACGACAGCGGAUGCACGGCUUUCAGCUAUGAGCUGCUGAUGAAUGCGCUGACCUCUGGUCGCGACACCCUUGUGACGGCGCAGAGCUUGCUUGCCGAGGCAACGUGGAGCACCGGUGUUGCGGUGUUGCGCAGCUUCUGCGUCCUGGCAAGCACCCUGGCAAGCACGUCACCGUACACUACACUGGUCGCCUUGAGGCUUCUGGAGAGGAGUUUGACACCUCGAAGGGCAAGGAUCCGGCUGUGUUUGACAUCGGCAAGGGCGAAGUCAUCAAAGGUUCCCCGGUGGGUUGGAAAACUACGGACAUGUGGAAGGGCUUGCUGGGAGGCAGCGAUCCCGACCAUGCGCCAGGGAGAGGUCUGGACGUGGCAGGGAUCUGGUGGUGUUGAAGACUACAGGAACUGCUUGGCACCUUGA